AUGUCCAGCAUCUCUCCUACCACUGGGCGGGCCCCAGCUCCGGCUCAGAUCAGUCCUUUCGGCGGGAAUGCUCUGAGUGUCGAGUACAUGUUCCAGCAGAUCAUGGAAGUGGUCCAGAAAUCAAACUCUGAGAUUGCUGAGCUCCGUCAAGAGUGUGCAGAGCUCAGGCAUGCGAAUGCCAACCUCGAGCGCCAGGUUCGGGAGGGUAUGCAGAAUCACAAUGGUUCUCGCCUUGGAACGCCAGGAUUCAUGACCCCUGCCCCCGGCUCGCCCCAACUGCGCGCCAAAUCUCCUUUCCUUAGUCCCAGUUCGAUACCUGCCUUGGCCGUACCGCCAGUCAUGUAUGUUCCCUCUCCUCUCGGCGACAACUCCUUCAGCUCCUACCCCUUUGGCCCUAUUCGUGAAAUUCCAGGCUUCUACGUUGUUAUUCCCGCCGGUGGUGCUGGUACACGCCUUUGGCCUCUUUCUCGCGAAAAUCACCCCAAGUUCCUCUUGGACGUCACCCUCAAAGGACGCAGCCUCAUCCAAGCGACCUGGGACCGUCUCCUCCCGCUCGCUGGCCCGACCCGCACGACCGUUGUCGCUGGUGCUCCGCACAUGAAGGGCAUCACGGAGCAGCUCCCUGACCUACUCCACCACAACCUCUUCUGCGAGCCGGGCCCGAAGGACUCAAUGGCUGCAAUCGGUCUUGCCGCUGCGAUCCUCGCGCGCCGUGACCCCGACGCGGUCAUUGGUAGCUUCGCUGCUGAUCACAUGAUCUCUGGCGACGACGCCUUCCUGACUGCAGUUUCGGAGGCCGUACAGGUAGCGAAGAAGGACUACCUAGUCACGAUUGGCAUUGCGCCGUCUCACCCGUCCACUGGGUUCGGUUAUGUUCGUCUCGGCGAGAGACUUGAUAUCAAGGAGGCUCCUAAUGCGAGACUUGUGUCGAGCUUCAAGGAGAAGCCAGACGCGCGCACGGCUGCUGCGUACAUCGCGACUGGAAACUAUAGAUGGAAUGCUGGCAUGUUCGUCACGAAGGCAACAUUCUUGAUGCAACUGCUGGAGCAGUACAAGCCCGAGAUUGCCGAAGGCUUGAACAAGGUCGCUGCAGCAUGGGACGACGAGACCUUGAGGUCGAAGGUGCUCGAAGAGGUGUGGCCGACGUUGGAGAAGAUCGCCAUCGAUCAUGCUGUUGCAGAGCCUGCCUCGAUGGAAGGCCGAGUGGCCGUUGUGCCUGCAACUUUCGGUUGGGACGACGUUGGAGAUUUCUCGUCUCUCGCUGACCUUCUCCCCGCUGAGGCCAACCAGCCUCGCAUCUUGGGCGACAGUUCGCUUGUUCUCACGGAGCAGGUUGCUGGUGGAAUUGUCGUGCCUGGGUCGGGGCGUCUUGUGGCCUGCCUUGGUGUAGACGAUCUUGUCAUUGUCGACAUGCCCGACACCUUACUUGUGACCACGCGCGCGCGGUCGCAGGAGGUUAAGAAACUCGUUAAGAAAUGCAAAGAGGCGGGUUGGAAAUCGUUGCUAUGAGAUGAUCAUCGCAGAAUAUUUAUUGCAUUAGGCCGUGGUCAAUCUGGUAAUUUUUCCCUUUCCGUCGGAGUGACAUUGGGAUCUCUUUAGGACAAUUUUUCGCUGCAUCUCCCCCUCUCAAGUCAACUCUCUUUUCCUCGAACUUAGUUUCUAUCUCCAUUACUUCAUCCAAUUAAUCACCCUCAUCUCUAGUACUGGACCUAUAUACACAUUCUAUGAACAAUGUUUGAACUUGG